AUGCCUUUUUCUCCACCUACAAAACCUGACAGCAGGCAAUCACUCAACUGGUCGUCCUUCGCCACAAUUCUACUUCCCUCUCUAGUGUGCUACUAUGUGAGCGCCGUUCUCAUCAUUCGAUCCUAUCCCUUUCUUGUUCGCCUGCUUGUCCUACCAGUAACACUGUGCAUGCUGUACAGAUGCUCCGUCUCGCUUGAUUUAUCCCGCUUGAACGGGUCAGAGCGGAAUGAAUGGUUAAAUUAUUGGAAUGAGGCUCUGUUGUUGGGCAUGACCCUCUUUAGCAUGCGUGCUAUUGUCUGGACUUUUAUAGCCACACCACCUAGAAGGAUCGACUCUAGAAAGCCAAGCGCAGCUCAGCUUUGCUUCACAGGCAGAUAUCACGAGUGGAACUGGUCAUCCGGGCUUCACAUACCACCGGAAUGGCGGCCGACGAAUUCAAGGACCAUGUUCGUUUUGGCGACGUUAAUAUCCAUGCUCAUCCAUAUUAUCGUCCUCGACGUCCUCCUCUUUCAUCUGCAAUCUCUUUCACCAAAUACGUUCGGUUCCCCGAAAGGGGGCACAAUUUUCACUGUCAUCGGCAUCCCUGACUUACGUUCCACAUAUAUAUCCUUCUUCAGCGGCAUUGCUGUCUACUGUGCCAUACAAUCUAUGUACGAUGGCUGUACAAUUUUUGGUAUCAUCCUCUUCCAACAGAACUCUAAUCAAUGGCCUCCGCUAUUCGACCAUCCAUGGUGCUCAACAUCCUUGAACCGUUUCUGGGCUAAAGGAUGGCAUCAAGUUUUUCGACACGAAUUCAUUGCUGUGGGUGCCAAACCGCUGUAUGCGCUAGGCUUCGGUCGCGUCGGUGCAGUUCUCGGUGCUUUCACGGCCUCUGGAACUCUUCAUGUUCUGGGCAACUGGGGCCUGAGUCACGAGACUGAAUUCUGGGCUGUAGGGGGGUAUUUCGUCAUUCAAGGUGUUGGCGUUGUAUUGGAAGGUGUAUGGAAGAAGAUGUCUGGACGCAAGGUUGGGGGCGCUCUGGGCUGGAUGUGGACUGUUGCUUGGGUGGUAGGCUGGGCCAAUUUUCUGAUCGAUGCAUGGGCGAGAGCAGGACUCAUUGGGAGCGCUUUCUUCCCCAAUGGUGGCAGGCCUGUGGAUGCGAUAGGGAAGUUGUUAUGA